CGAGUCAACUGCAUACAUAACUCAGCCACUCUCUCUUGGCUAUCGACGACGACUAUCGGCUCUUUAUCCUACCCUACCCUACCCUACCCUACUAUGGCAGCAGAGCAAGAACCCCCCGUUGAGAUCUCCGAGCCGCUGCUGCUCCACGAUGAACCCAAGGCCGACGAUGACCUUGAUUUGGAACAGAUCCCCGAAUGGAAGGAUCAAAUCACCAUCAGAGGCCUGUUUGUCAGUGCUAUCCUCGGUACUCUCUUCUGUAUAAUUACGCACAAACUCAACCUUACCGUUGGGAUCAUCCCUUCCCUCAACGUUGCCGCUGGCUUGCUCGGCUUCUUCUUCGUCAAAUCAUGGACCGCCUUUUUGUCCAAGCUAGGGCUUUCAGUUCAACCUUUCACGCGGCAGGAGAACACCGUCAUUCAAACCUGCGUUGUAGCCUGCUACGGCCUCGCCUUCAGUGGGGGGUUUGGAUCUUAUUUGCUUUCUAUGGAUGAGAAAACGUAUAAGCUGAUUGGAGAAGAUUAUCCGGGCAAUAGGGCAGAGGAUGUAAAGAACCCUGGAUUACUGUGGAUGAUGGCCUUUAUAUUUGUUGUUAGUUUUCUGGGCCUAUUUAGCCUCGUCCCUCUUCGGAAGGUCAUGGUCUUGGGCUAUAAACUGACCUACCCCAGUGGAACUGCUACUGCAAUGUUGAUCAAUAGCUUCCAUACUAAUACUGGAGCUGAACUUGCAGGAAAGCAGGUGUUUUGUCUUGGAAAAUAUUUAAGCAUAAGUUUCUUCUGGAGCUGCUAUAAAUGGUUCUUUAGUGGUGUUGGUGAUUCAUGUGGAUUUGACAAUUUCCCCAGCUUUGGAUUGACUCUCUUCAAGAAUUCGUUCUAUUUUGAUUUUAGUCCAACAUAUGUUGGGUGCGGUCUAAUUUGUCCUCAUAUAGUCAAUUGCUCUGUUCUUCUGGGAGCUAUCAUAUCAUGGGGUUUUCUUUGGCCGUUUAUAUCACAACAAGCAGGCAAUUGGUAUCCCGCUAAUCUUGAUAGCAAUGAUUUCAAAGGCUUGUAUGGAUACAAGGUUUUCAUAGCUAUUUCUCUUAUCCUUGGUGAUGGUCUUUACAAUUUGAUUAAAAUCAUAUUAGUAACUAUAAAGGAAGUGUGUAGAAACAGCCAAAGCCUUCCGACGUUUAAUGAUGUCACAGAUGAAGCUACCAAAUUACUGUUGGAGCAAAAGAAACGUGAUGAAGUUUUCCUCAAAGAUAGGAUACCUUUAUGGUUUGCUGCAUCGGGAUAUGUUGCACUCGCAGCCAUAUCAAUUGUGGCAAUGCCAAUGCUAUUUCCACCUCUAAAGUGGUAUUUAGUCCUUUGUUCAUACAUUAUUGCCCCAGCCCUUGCCUUUUGCAACUCCUAUGGGACUGGGUUGACAGACUGGAGCUUGGCUUCUACAUAUGGAAAGAUUGGUCUUUUUAUUAUCGCUUCGGUUGUGGGAAACCGUGGUGGGGUUAUAGCUGGUUUGGCUGCUUGUGGUGUUAUGAUGUCAAUUGUUUCAACUGCAGCUGAUUUAAUGCAAGAUUUUAAGACUGGGUACCUCACCCUCUCAUCAGCAAAGUCAAUGUUUGUCAGUCAAUUGGUGGGAACAGCAAUGGGAUGUGUGAUUGCACCCCUUACAUUUUGGUUGUAUUGGAGUGCCUUUGAUAUUGGGUCUCCUGAUAGUCCGUACAAAGCCCCAUAUGCUGUGAUAUACAGGGAAAUGGCCAUUUUGGGGGUAGAGGGCUUCUCUGAACUCCCAAAACAUUGCCUGGCCAUGUGCUUUGGCUUCUUUGUGGCUGCAAUGGCUGUAAAUCUUCUAAGGGAUUUAGCCCCGAAAAGGUUUUCACAGUUCAUUCCUAUUCCAAUGGCAAUGGCGGUGCCAUUUUACAUUGGAGCUUACUUUGCAAUUGACAUGUUUAUUGGUACUGUGAUAUUGUUUGUGUGGGAGCGUCUGAACGCGAAAGGUGCAGAAGAUUAUGCAGGUGCUGUUGCAUCGGGUUUGAUAUGCGGCGACGGGAUAUGGACUGUACCUUCUGCCAUUCUCUCCAUCUUUAGGAUUAACCCACCCAUAUGCAUGUCCUUUGCCCCUUCAUCUUCAGACUGAAUAAAUACAUUCAAGAGAUGGCAUAUGGUCACUUGUUGGUUGGCGGCUGCUGCGAUAUGGGCAACCAAGGUACUACCUACCUAAAUGUAGGAGGAGAAUCCGAGGAUGUUUGCAUAUUUAUUUACUCAAGGGCUGGGAUUGAUGGAUGGAUAGUUCUGGCGGAGGAACAUCCUGAUUGGCUUUUUCAGUCGCAACUCAUAGUCGAGGCAGGCAGCUACAGUAAGUUGGCAUAUUUAUUCGUCUUUAUUGAUUGUUGUACCGUAUCAGUAUCACUACUGGGUCUGGUGUUGAAGCUGCAAAAUUGGUGUGUUGUGUUGUGGUGUCAUGUUUAUGUUUAUGAUUGUUGUGUGAAAUAGACAGGGUCCCAUAUUUCUAUGCGGAUCCAUUCCACAAUCAAAUAUUAAAGAGAUGGCCUGGCCUGGCCUGGCCUGCUGGAUUGGAUUGUAA